GACACGGCAAACUCUUCUGCAAUCGUGCUCCAACAACCCGUGGCCCAUUGAUUCGGCAUCCUCAGGGCCGGGUGCUUUUGGCGUAUUUUCUGCCGGCACACGCGAUUCUUUACCUGCUCACGUCCAUUUUGGAGCAUGUAGGUCUGUUGGCGCACCGGGACCCGGAUUCCUUGCGCAGCCGAUGCCAUGGCCGCGAUUGCUCCAUCCGCCGCUGCGACAACCCCAUCGAGCCUUCCACCACCCCCCGGCCAACCUACCGACAUUGAUCUGGCUCCACGUCCAACCCCGACCCCAUCUUCAACAACCCCAACAACGACGCCACUGGUGCUUAGUCAAGGUCGAGAUACAGAUGACCGUAGCGGGCAUGCGCUUGCAGUAACUGCUGCACCCGCGAACCCUCAGCUCAAUGGUGGCUACUACGAUGGCCGUGUCGGGAAUCCCGUUCCCGGUAAGCUGAAGGGCAAGAUUAAUAGACGGAACGGCAACUUCAGCGUAAUACUGAUGGGUAACCCUCGCCCAGAGGUGACUGAGCGCGACCUGGCAGCCAAGCGCUCGAGCGAGGAGACUGCAGCCGCCGCGGAGCUCGCCAACAAGGACGGCUAUCGUUCCGUUAAACCCACCCAACUCGCAUGGUAUCCCCCAAAGGAAUCCAGGCCAUAUCCUCCGCUGCUUCCUUCGACUGCCCCGGUACCGGUGCCGGGAUGUUCCAAUACCCCCCGUCCUCAUCCCACUCCAGCUAUGCUUGCCUCUGGCCGUCCGACAGCUUCCCCAGCUGCUGCUGCGGUUGUCCCGUCGGGCUCUGCAUCGUGUGCACCUCCAACGAUCAUCCCAGUUCUCGCACCAACGAUCACCCCAGUUCUCGCACCAGCUCAUCGCCCAGCUGCACCAGCAGGAGAAUCAGCGACCCCUGAAGUGAUUCCUACAACUGCUCCCCCCUCACAGGCCCUCGCCGGUCUAACACCGCAGCAAAUAAAGGCUGAGCAAGCUCGUCUCCUUACCCUUCUCAGAAGCCUCCACCCCGUACUUGUGGUGGACCAAAUCUGCACGGCACUGGCCUACUUUGGCGGCAUUCCAGGAGCGCCGGCACCUGCUGAUGGCGCCUUCCCCAAGAGUGCUUCAGCAAAUGGCUCUGGCUCUCUCCUUGUGGGAUGGGUUGCUGAGAUCUUUCCAGAGUUGGAUGCCGCCAGGGAACGUGCCAAAAACCAACCCUCCCCGGUGAUCCCGGCGAUUGGAAGCGCAGGUGCAUCUUCUUCCGUCGGAGCACUUUUAGUCCCAGCGAGGCGAACUCGGGGACGCCCUAAAGGAAGCAAAAGCUCCAAGGCUCGCAAAGACAAGGGGGUGAGGAAGUUGGGUGCCGCAAGAUCGAGUGCUGCUGCGUUAGGAGCCGCUACACCGGGGCUUGCUUUAGUUAAUGAACCGGAUGCAACACAGCCGCCGUUGGCGAAUCCGCCCACUGACGCUUCGCAGUCGAACAACGAUGUUACUGGGACGGUCCAACCUGAAAACCAAGCUAGCCUUAUCGCCCAGGCAGCAUUGAGGGAACAAGUUGGCACCGGCUCGUCGCUCACCACACCGGGUUCCAAGAAAAGAGGCCGUCCCAAAGGUUCUAAGAAUAAACCAAAGGCAACCCCUGGUACGAAUGAUGACAUCGCUGGCUCCUUAGAGGCAGAGACCACAUCCCAAUCUCAACACCCCGUGGCAGAUUCUCCUCUAGCCCACAAAACAUCUACGAACCGACAAGGACAAUUAAAUCACGGCAGCGAAAGGAGCACUGAGACUGGGACAGAUGGAAUAGUUACUAAUGCUACGCACCAAAGCACUCCGGGGCAAGUUCCCCCUGCUGAACAAGUCGCCUCCCCAGAAAUGAACAGUAAUCGAACUCGGGAGAUGCAACCCUCUGAACAUGGCAGCCAGAAUGACAAGUCAACUCCCAAUGUGCCUUCGCGCAAGAGAAAAAAGCCCACACAAACCAGAAACCAAGCAACGAUACAGACCAGCGAGGGCUCGCAACCAUCAGAUUCUGUCGUUGGGCAAAACAAUUCCUCUCAAGUUCAGCGAGUAAAACGGCGUCAGGUCUCCAAGGGAACCAGCCAGAACCCUAGCCUAGGCAAUGUUGAGCCACAGUCUGGUGCUGAGAUAACGACAUCUUCAAACCUCCCAGCUGCUGGACAACCUCUGACUAUAUCAAGCAGUCUUGGGUCCCAGUCCCAGAUGAAGAGUUCGAGGAGCAACCUCAACCAAAUGUCACAGAAACAACAGCAGCAGCAGUCACCUAAUACCGCGCUCCAGGGGUCCAGUCAGACUUCGGGCCCUUCUCCGUUGCUAGGCAGGCAACAGAACCAAGGUUUAGGAGCGCAAGGGCGUCCACAGGCCAACAUGGUUGCUCAGUCGUUUUAUCAGCAACAGCAGAUGACAACCCAAUACAGGCAGGACGGCAGCUCCGGCGACCGUUUCGGACGUAGCAUGAACACCGGCCAGUUCCACCAGAACAGGAUGAACCCAUCGCCCAGCUUGCGCAAUCAGCCGCAGCAACAGCCACAGCAACUCUCCGGAUCAUCGAAUCCUAUGGCCUCGUUCCAGAGCUACAGUGACUCUAACUACAUGGAUAUGGACUACCCCGGCGAAGCAACGGACGCCGCCGCUGCCGCAGCCUUUGGCGGGCACACCCAGCUCGAAGCGGCGCUCGCGGAACCCAACCUGCGUGAGCGUCUAUAUCACGCUAUUAGCCGUCAAUAAGAAUUGUGCUGGAGCCAAGCGUGUUUGCGUGUGUAGGCUUAUAUUGUUUGACGACUAAAGAGCUGCAAAGUGACGAGGACAAAGAUGGGUACGUAUACGGCAAACGGUUCUAAGCGGUACCAACAACAAAAGGGAAUGCGGAUCCCUUGAUGGACUAUAAAUGGUAUGGUAUAAUGACAAGGUUCGGCAGGCGUUAACAGCAGGGUUAUUUUUAGAGCCUGGGAAUGAGCUUUGUCUGCGAAAUCGGCAAGUGAUUUGCUCACGAGACAACAAUGUUUAAUUUACGAUACACAUGGCGAAUAUGUAUGCACGGGAAAGGGUCCACAGAGUUUAACAGUAGCGCGGCUCAGAGGCCGUCAAGAUAGAUACCCUGGAAUAGC